AUAUCGGUUAGCUGACAUGGUUUUCCUAUUUCUGAUCGUGCAUCUACAUAUCAGUUAUAUUUGGGACCCGCAGCUCGUCAAGUCGAAAUGGAUGCACUACUGAAAAUUAUCUUAUUGAUCAGUUUUGUUUUAAUUGCUGUAAGCCUACACUUUACAAUGUGUGAUGAUGUUCCAUCUGCCGAAGCCGACACGGUUGUAACUGAAAGUGAGGAGCACUAUACCGCAUCAGAUGACUACGACACUUAACGGAUACAUAUAGAACCCUAUAAAGCCCAAUCAUGGGUAAAUAAAAAGGUUAUCUUUCGGCACCGUGGCUAUGUUUAUUAUUGACAAACCACCACUGACAAGUGGCUUUUUUAUUUAAAAAAUCAAGUUCAUUGUCACACGAACGAUUAAAGUAUGCCUACAUUUGUGUAGUGAACAGUUUGAA